GCACUUUCUAGCUCUCUCUCCCUAUUUCCUCUCCCUCCUCUCAUCUCAUCUCUUCUCUUCCCAAACCACUUUCUCCAAUGGCGUUUCCACUAAAUCUAAUCAUCCUCUCCUCCCUUCUCCCCCUCCUCUCCGCAACUUUCACUCCACAAGACAACUACCUCCUCAACUGCGGCUCCAACACCAACACCUCCUUCUUCUCCACCCGCUCCUUCCUCUCCGACUCCUCCUCAUCCUUCCUCUCCACCGAUCGAUCCAUCUCUCUCUCCAACCCAAACCCACCUCCAAACUCCCCCUCUCUAUACAACACAGCUCGUAUCUUCCUCACCAAAUCACCCUCAUACAAACUCCACCUCACCAGCAACACCACUCACUUCCUCCGUCUCCACUUCUCCCCAUUCAAAGCUCCAAACUUUAACUUAAAAACAGCGAAAUUCUCAGUUUUGGUGAACGCCUUCCCUCUCUUAAACACCUUCUCCACCAACUCCGUCGUCGUGAAAGAGUUUAUACUCAAAAUUGACUCCCCUGUUCUCGAGAUUACGUUCCUCCCUUCAAACUUCGCCUUUGUCAACGCUAUAGAAGUCUUCUCAGCGCCUAAAGAUUACAUAAUCGAUCAGGGGACGAAGCGUGUUGUCCCGGACUCAACUCAAAUCUUUAGCAACUUGUCUUCCCAAGUUCUUGAGACGGUUCACAGAAUCAACGUCGGUGGUUUGAAGUUGACUCCGUUUAAUGAUUCUUUGUGGAGGACUUGGCUUGUAGACGAUGACUAUCUUUUACUUAAAGGAGCUGCUAAGCGUGCGUGGACUACUCACACUCCGAAUUAUCAGAGCGGUGGGGCGAGUAGGGAGAUAGCUCCUGACAAUGUUUAUAUGACUGCUCGGGAGAUGAAUAGAGAUAACCAGGAGUUGCAGGCGAGGUUUAAUAUUAGCUGGGAGUUUCCUGUUGGUGGUGGCAGACGUGUUCUUCAUUUGGUUCGGUUGCAUUUUUGUGACAUUGUUAGCUCUUCGCUUAAUCAGCUUUACUUCAAUGUGUUUAUCAAUGAUUUGCUUGCGUAUAGAGAUGUUGAUCUCUCUGCGUUGAACUUCCAUGUGCUUGCGUCUCCGUUUUAUGUUGACUUUGUUGCUGAGUCUGAUGGUGAGGGAAGGGUGAGGAUUAGUGUUGGACCAUCUGAUCUUAGUAAUCCCGCGAGGGUUAAUGCUAUAUUGAAUGGAGUGGAGAUUAUGAGGGUUGUGAGUUCUGUGAGUUCUAAAAAGGGAUUUGGUAAGAAGAAUGUGGUGUGGAUUGUUGCUGGCUCGGUGUUGGGAAGUCUUGUGUUCUUGGCUCUGCUAUUCUUGUGUGGUUUGUGGUUUUGCAGAGGUAAGAAGAGUAAAACGAAGAGGUCAGAGAGCACAGGGUGGACUCCUUUGAGGAGGUUUAGAAACAGUUCCAUCAGUAGAACAACUGAAGGAACUGUUAGCUCUAAUGGUUACCAGACUCUGAGAAUCUCUUUCGCUGAGAUACAAUCCGGAACUAAUAACUUUGACAAGAGUUUAGUCAUAGGAGUUGGAGGAUUUGGGAUGGUCUUUAAAGGGUCUCUCAAGGACAACACUAAAGUAGCUGUGAAGAGAGGCGUCCCUGGUUCAAGACAGGGGUUACCAGAGUUUCUCUCUGAGAUAACCAUUCUCUCUAAGAUCCGUCAUCGACAUCUCGUUUCCCUUGUUGGAUACUGUGAAGAACAAUCUGAAAUGAUUCUUGUGUAUGAGUACAUGGACAAAGGACCGCUCAAGAGUCACUUAUACGGUUCCAACAACCCUCCUUUGACUUGGAAACAACGGCUUGAGGUAUGCAUUGGUGCUGCAAGAGGUCUUCAUUACCUUCACACCGGUUCUUCACAAGGAAUCAUCCACCGUGAUAUCAAAUCCACCAAUAUAUUACUAGAUAACAACUAUGUAGCCAAAGUUGCAGAUUUUGGACUGUCGAGAUCAGGUCCUUGUCUUGAUGAGACUCAUGUGAGCACAGGGGUGAAAGGAAGCUUUGGUUAUCUUGAUCCUGAGUACUUCAGGAGACAACAGCUUACUGAUAAGUCAGAUGUUUAUUCAUUUGGAGUUGUUUUGUUUGAAGUUCUCUGCGCUAGACCAGCUGUUGACCCGUUGCUUGUAAGGGAGCAAGUGAACUUAGCUGAGUGGGCUAUUAAGUGGCAAAAGAAAGGAAUGCUUCAUCAAAUCGUGGAUAAAAACAUUGCUGAUCAGAUCAAACCGUGCUCGUUGAAGAAGUUUGCGGAAACUGCAGAGAAAUGCUGUGCUGAUUACGGCGUGGAUAGACCGACCAUAGGUGAUGUUCUGUGGAACUUAGAACAUGUGCUCCAGCUUCAAGAAUCUGGACCAUUGGAUGACAACACUGACGCAGCAGCUCAUGUAGACGCUACUGGCUCGGGGACGAGGGAAAGGCAAGGUCCGUCUAGUGACUCGAACACAGAGAUGGACAAUGGAGAUGAAACUUCAGGCAUACUCAAUAGUAGUCAAGUUUUCUCUCAGCUAAUGACCAACGCUGGCAGAUAAACAAGUCACUGCUUUAUAGAGUGUUCAUAGUCAAUACAUAAACCGGGGAACCAAAGUGGUGUACCGGUAUAUCUCAGAUUGGGUUUGUGUGCGGCAUAAUUCGGUUUGUAUAAUGUGUAGAGUCUCUUGUGUAGUACGGAUGAAGCAAAACUGGUAAUAACCAUCAUACUGCUUGUUUUUUUGUUUGGAUUAGUCUUUUGGGUUGGUUAAUCUUAAACCGGUAUAUGGUUGAGAAAUUAUAAACCGCGCAUCGUCUUUGCUUUAUAGAGUGUUUAUAGUCAAUACAUAAACCGGGAAACCAAAGUGGUGUACCGGUAUCUCAGAUUUGGUUUGUGUGCGGUAUAAUUCGGUUCGCGUAACGUGUAGAGUUGAAUGUAUUGUUCAUUUUGUGUAACUUUUGUAAUACGGAUGAGAAAAACCGGG